AUGAAGGAUUCCUGCCCUGAUGCGGCUUCCAAAAAGUUUCGUCGUAGCCUGAAUGACGCUAACGUUGCAUCUAUUUCGAAGAAUCAAAGGGGAGUUGUAGACUUGGGAGGUGGUAUGUCUUAUCCAUUUGUUGAUUCCUCCCCCGUGUGCUGUGGAUAUUUGAAUAGCUAUGUACCUUUUCGUCGUGAGUUUCGAUAAGAAGAUUUCCUUUCGUUGGAGAUCCUUGAUGCGGAGGAGUUGCUUCAGUGCGAACAGAGCAUGUGAUGCUGCUGUUGAAUUGUGAUUACUGAGGGCUAUUCUUUUCUACACACCGCGGUGGUUGUGGAAGAAUUGGGAAGGCGGCAAGAUCCACGCCCUCUUGAUGGUCCUUGACGUGGGUGUGUGCUCAGAAAUAGAGAAGAAGCAGAAGAAGAAGUUGCUUCUUGACUAUUUGUGGGAAAAUUUGUGUUUUCACAAUUGGUGGGCAUACCGGUACUAUCUCUGCGAGCUUUUAUCUCUCUGCAAUGUUGUCGGUCAGAUGUUCCUGAUGGACCGCUUCUUCGACGGCGCCUUCAUCACGUUCGGCAUCGACGUGCUGCGCUUCAUGGAGAGCGACCAGGAGGACCGCUGGGACCCCAUGAUCUACAUCUUCCCUCGCAUGACCAAGUGCACCUUCCACAAGUUCGGCGUGUCGGGCGAGGUGGAGCGGCUGGACUCGGUGUGCAUCCUGCCGCUGAACGUCGUCAACGAGAAGAUCUACGUCUUCCUGUGGUUCUGGUUCCUCAUCCUGACGGUGCUGACGGCGGGCUGCGUGCUGUACCGCGUCGUCAUCAUCGUGAGCCCGCGCAUGCGCGUGUACCUGCUGCGCCUGCGCUUCCGGCUGGUGGCGCGCGAGGCCAUCGAGACGGUGGUGCGCCGCUCGCGCAUGGGCGACUGGUUCCUCUUCUACAUGCUGGGCGACAACGUGGACUGCGUCAUCUUCCGCGACGUCAUGCACGAGCUGGCC